AAUAUUUGGAAGAUUUUUAGAAGAAGCAGCUGAAACUGUUCAAGUAAUUCAAAAUGGCAGAGAGAGCUCAUCUUGAACGUUUCCUGAGCUGCCAUGUUUGUUCAGAGACUUUCAGAGAUCCUGUGUCUCUGAGCUGCAACCACAGCUUCUGUUCAAACUGCCUGAAGAAAUUCUGGGAACAAACUGGAAACAAGAACUGUCCCAUCUGUAAAAGAAAAUCUUCUAAGAAGAAUAUAGGAAUAAAUUUCUCUCUGAAGGACCUGGCUGAUUCUUUUACUGGAAGACAGAAAUCUGGAUCUUCAGAGACAGAAACAGGAGAAAAGCAGCUGAUGGUCUGCAGUAAACACCAAGAAGACCCUAAACUGUUCUGUGAAGACGAGCAGAGAGCUGUGUGUUCUGUCUGUGAGUUUUCUCUCCACCAGAGUCACAAAGUGGUUCCUGUUGAACAAGCAGUCAGAGAUCUGAAGCAGCAGCUGAAAUCUGACUUAGAGUCUCUGCAGGACAAGAGGAACAAACACAAACAAGUGGAGAAAACAUACCAUGAUGUGAUUCAACACUCCAAGAAGCAGCUGCUGUCCACAGAGAGACAGAUCAGAGCAGAGUUCAACAAGCUGCACCAGUUCCUGAGAGAGGAAGAGGAGUCCAGACUGGCAGCUCUGAGGGAGGAAGAGGAGCAGAAGAGGAAGACUAUCAGCAGAGAGAUGAAGAGGAUUGAGGAGCAGAUCUCCUCUCUGUCAGACAGCAUCUCUGCUGUUGAAGAAGAGCUGCAGAAAGACAAGGUGUCGUUCCUCAGCAGUUAUAAAGCCACUCAGAGCAGAGCCAGAGGUCAGAGGUCACUGCCAGAUCCACAGCUGGUCUCAGGAGCUCUGAUAGAUGUGGCCAAACACCUGGGCAACCUGUCCUUCAGAGUCUGGGAGAAGAUGAAGGACCAGGUGAAGUUCAGUCCCGUCAUUCUGGACCCAAACACUGCAAGUGGAUGGAUCUACCUGUCUGAUGAUCUGACCAGAGUGAGAUAUGGAGACACAGAGCAGCAGCUUCCUGAUAAUCCAGAGAGAAACAGUAAUUAUACCUGGGUGUUUAGUUCUGAGGGCUUCAGCUCAGGGAAACACAGCUGGGAGGUGGAGGUGGGAGAUCAUCCAUACUGGGAGAUCGGUUUGGCUAAAGAGUCUGUUGACAGGAAGAGUCAGAUAUCUUCCUCGCCGGAAAAUGGAAUCUGGUGUUUGCUGCAUCGUGAUGGAAAAUACACUAAUGGUUAUAGUCAGACUGUGUCAGGGAAUAAAAAUCUCCAGAGGUUCAGAGUCCAGCUGGAUUAUGACGGAGGGGAGGUUUCCUUCUACGACUCUGAAGACAAGAGUCACAUCUACACUCACAGAGACACUUUCACUGAGAAACUCUUUGCUUACAUUUAUGUUUUUGAUGCUGCUGAUGCCAAAACCUCUGAGAUCAAAAUCUGUCAACCUGAGAUUUCGUUCUAAACUUAAAGUGGUUAUUCUUAUUUCUCUGAAUAAUUUUUAAAAGUUUAGAUAUGCAUUUCUAUUUGGGUUCAGAACAAUAUUUUGGAAUAUUCUGGAUCAUUUUCAAAUUUUGGGAUUUUGAUUUGUAAUAAACAAUCAGAGUUCACCAGUGAAAUAUACAUUUAAGAUUGACACAUUUAAAAUAUGUUCUGACUUGAGUGAAAUUAUGAAUUAAUAUGAAAAAAUAGUUAUAUUUUUGUUUAAAAUUGAAAUUAUUUGCAAGAGGAGAACGUGGUGUAAAAUAUUGGCUCUGAGGAGCAAGACAAUUUGGUUCAAAUUCUGUAUUUGAAGGAGCUAGACAGGUGACACUGUGUUUUUUAAUUGUAAUUAUGAGAUGUACAAAAUUUCAUAAUUAUGAAAUGUACAAAAUUUCAUAAUUAUGAAAUGUACAACAUUUUUAGAAUAAUAAUUUUUGAACUGGAUCAAAUAUUUCAUGAUCAUAAUCCGUUUUUAUGCACUAAACUGUAAUUAAAAUUUUUAGUUUGUUUUUAGUUCUGUUUUGUAAAAACUGUUCAGAAGUUCAGGAAUGGUUCCUGGCAUCAGUUUUGUUUUUAAUUGUUGUGACGAUUCACAGCAGGUACUUACAGUAGUUCAGUAUUAAGUUAUGUUGACCAAAUGCUUUAAAUUUCAAAGGAUUUGUUUCCUGAAUCAUUUAUCAGAAUCAGUUCAUUUUCACCAGCAGAUGUUUUCUAAUAGGAUUCUGUCAGAAACUUGGAAUCGUUUUUCUGAACAGAUCCGCCAUUUAAUGUGUGAAGCGGUUGCUAACAGAGUUGUCCUGAUAUCUGCCUGUUUCAAAAUACAUUACAACAGACAGGAGUCACAGCGCAUAGCAUAAAAUUCUGUGGUUCAUCUUCAUCGGUGAAUCACAGUAAAAGUAUUAAUACUGUGACAAAACCCUCAAAACGGAGCUUUCUGCUGUCUCCCUGUUAUGUCUGUUGAUAAAGAAACACUGUUCUGAAUGUUUCUUGUUUUCAGAAUAAAAAAGCUUCAGUUUUCGUGUC